GGAAGCCUCGGGUUAGUCCCGCCCCCAUACCGCGAGGCCGGGCUCGACGGCUUCGGAGCUGCGGCCAUGACGGCGCGCGGGAGCGUGAGCCGCUUCCUGACCAGUGUCCUGCACAACGGGCUGGGUCGCUACGUGCAGCAGCUGCAGCGUCUCAGUUUUAGCCUCAGCCGUGACGCGCCCUCGUCCCGCGGCGCCAGGGAGUUCGUAGAACGGGAGGUGACCGACUUCGCCCGCAGGAACCCCGGGGUCGUAAUAUACGUGAACCCACGGCCGUGCUGCGUGCCCAGAGUAGUGGCCGAAUACCUUAACGGGUCUGUGCGCGAGGAGAGCAUCCACUGCAAGUCGGUCGAGGAGAUCGCCACGCUGGUGCAGAAGCUGGCGGACCAGUCGGGCUUGGACGUGAUCCGCAUCCGCAAGCCCUUCCACACGGACAGCCCUAGCAUCCAGGGCCAGUGGCAUCCGUUCACCAACAAACCGACAACGCUGGGCGGGCUGCGCCCUCGAGAGGUCCAGGAUCCUGCCCCAGCCUAGCGGCUAACACAGUGAAGAGUUGCUCCACCUACUCCAGUCCCCGGGUUUGGACUGACCCCAGUAGAGGUGGUUCUUCCUUCUGGUUUGGUUCACGGGAGACAGAUGGAGCCCACCAAAGGGGAAGCUGACGCCAAAGCUUUUGCUUAGGAUAAAGAAGAGCUGCCUGUUUCUUUUUGAUGUCCACUGUGAGGGGCAGUGACUGUGAGUCUCCUAAUUCUGAUCCAGCUGACAUCUCUGAAACCCGAGAGUCUUCAGAUUUUACUGGAUCUUCAUUUCUUAAAUCCAAAUUGAUAAUAGUGAUCUCAAAUCACAGUGAGAGGAUUUAAGGCUGGCUUCUGAAGAAUCCCUUAUGUCCUGUUUUUGCAGCCAUUGACCAAGAGAGAGCUAGUACCUUAUACCCUGCUGUGCGCAUGGCAUUAGGCUAGGCCCUUUAUAUCUGUGAAUGUUUGUGUGUAGAUUAGAAAACUGAUGUUAAUAAACUUGUCAAGGUCACAGUUGAA